CCGUCUUAAGGAGCAGUCACGAGCGAGCCGGCGCGUACGCAUCCCGCGUCCAAAAAUACACGCACCCGGCCAACUCAUGUAAAACCGGGCUCGAAGCAUCGAUAUUCCAAUUUCGAAUUUCAGAUUUUUUAAUUUUUGACAGUUAUUUUUUUUUAUUCCAAGAAAAGUGUUGUGUUACCGAUGUAAUGUCACCGACGGCCAUCGCGGGGGAACUGCCCCAGUGGUGCGGCAACAUCGACAGCUGCCCCCAGGCGCUGCUGGGCUGGCUCUACCUGGUAGACGAGAAGAACGAUAAGUGGGUGCCCGGCUCAGUAUGGGGGCCUCUGCCGACGGCGGCGCCGGGCUCCGCGCAGUCCGACGACACUGCCUCGCUGGCAGAACAGCUGCUGGCGCUGUCCCUCCGCCGCCCCCCGCGCCCUCCCCCACCAGCCUACAUGUGCCAUCUGUGCUUCAAGAAGGGACACUAUAUUGGGGAUUGCCCGAAGGCACGUCCUAAAGGCGAGGGUCUGACGCCAUACCAAGGCAAGAAGCGGUGCUUCGGCGAGUACAAGUGUCCGAAGUGCAAGCGCAAGUGGAUGAGCGGCAACUCAUGGGCCAACAACGGCCAGGACUGCAUCAAGUGUGGGAUCAAUGUCUUCCCACAUAAACAGAGGCCUCUGGAGAAGCCAGACGGGCUGGACGUGAGUGACCAGUCCAAGAUCCACCCCCAGCAUCUCUGCCAGAAGUGCCGCACCCUGGGCUACUACUGCCGACGCGAGUACUAGCAGUUAGCACCCUUCAUUACGCGCACAUUUUAAAAGGAUGCAACGAGCCGCAUUUUUUAGGGCUAUUGCCAGUGAAAAUUAAUGGGAAUUGCGGAUCAAUUACCCAAGAGUAACAUUCAUUUACAGUCACAGUUACCUACAAGUAACUUAAAUUUACAAUUUUAAAGAUGACAUUUUUAUUUGACUCGAUUUUAUAACAGAAAGCAGUCGCAGAACAUAAGUGGUACAUAACCGACUUUAAGUGGUAAAUUAAGUGAAAAAUUAAACAAAAUAAUAAUAAAAAGAAAAACACCUCUCUUUUAUGUACUCAUUUAAAGUCGUGGCUAUUAUCAUUAUUACUAUUUAAACACUUUUGGAGACAUUUUUUGGAGUAGAUACCCGGGGUAUUGCUGUACUUACGCGAUAGGUGGGACCGAGCGAUCGCGCGAUGUCGAAUUCGCGUAAGUCGGAGUUCAACUUUGCUUAUAAACACAUAUAAAAUACGUUUCAUAGGGACCAGAGUCUACAGAAAACAAUCAUUUAGAAGAAAAAUAUUAAAUGAAAAAUGCUGUCAAAUGAAACAAUUUACAUUGCUAUAAAUAAAGUAACCUAAACCAAAGUUAUUUUGGUGUCGAAGCCUUCAGAUAUUCUAAUAAUGUUGCCUGAACAGUUUGUUUAAUGUCUUGCUCAUGCUUACGCAUUUCUAUAAGUUCAUCAAUUAUUAUUAGGUCUGGAUUGUGUAAAUCUAGAAAUUCUAGAUUAAAUGUCCUCGUCAUUGACCUCUAAAUGUAUUUUUUGUUCAUCAAUUAUUGUUAGGGCUGGAUUGUGUAAAUCUAUAAAUUCUAGAUUAAAUGUCAUCGUCAUUGACCUCUAAAUGUAUUUUUAUUAA